AUGGUACUGGCAUUUUGUAGACGUGGUUUGGUUAUUCCCAUUUGUCUCUAUCUAUUGGUGGGGAGGUAUAUGAAGGAACGAAAGAGUGGAUUAAAAAAUGAAAGCUCGAAGACAAAGAGAAUCGGGCUUUUCCAAAGAAUUACUGCAGCUUUCCCACUCCCUUUGAUUAUCAUAUACAAAAAAGUGUCUUCCACUUUCCUACCAAAUCUCUCUUUAUUCUGGCACAUAAAUGAAGGGAUCGAAGAGAUUAUGGCAGAUCAUGUUCACCAAGAAAUGACCCGAAAUUGGAUCUUGGUCUAUUUGAGAUUGUUCCUUUUAAUCGUAAUCAAAGAUGUUUUCUUGUCUCUCGUUUCUUUUCUGAAAAAAUGGAAGAACCUAAUGGAUCGAACUCAUCCUUGGCUGCUACGA